AUGAAAGAUUUGAGGUACCCGGAUGAUCUCUAUGAUCGUAUAUGGGAAGUCCCUGACUACCAGCCUGACUGGGAAACAAUUAACACAGCUUCUUACAUUAGUGAAGAAUAUCUUGACAACGCCUAUAAACCUUCACCAAUCGUCAUGAGCACUGCAGUCAGGCCUGUGCAUGGAAGUUCGUUAGUGCUGUCUCAAAAUGUUGAUCGCAACCAACAAUUCUACUUGUACAUGCAUUUCCUCGAGGUGGAAGAUCUCCCAUCGACUCAAAUGAGGAAGUUUGUCAUAUUUGUGAACAAUAAAAUCUGGUCCUACCCUGUUGUUCCAGGCAGUGGUCCAAAUACUAUCUACAGCAAAUAUUCCGUGGGUAGUACUGAUACCCUACUAUUCUCAAUCAAUAAGACAAAUGAUUCUACACUUCCCCCAAUUCUCAAUGCCGUAGAGUUCUACAUUCCCAAGAAAUUCCCUAUCCUGCCCACAAAUCAAAGUGACGUUGACGCCAUGAUCAGCAUUAGGUCAACAUAUGGUGUAAAGAAAAAUUGGCAAGGAGAUCCAUGUGUACCCGAGGAGCUUAGGUGGGAUGGACUAGACUGCAACACCAAUGAUCAGGGUUUAUACAGAAUCAUUUCAAUGAACCUAUCCUUCAGCGGGUUAAAAGAUGAAAUCGCAUUCUCAUUGUCUAAACUUGAUUCACUCCAAAGCUUGGACAUGUCACACGAUGACUUGACAGGAACAAUCCCAGAUUUUUUGGCCAACAUGCCUUCCUUAAGAACAAUUAACUUAUCUGGAAACAAGCUGGAAGGCUCAGUCCCUGCACUUCUUCGUGAUAAAAUGAAAAACGGGGCAUUGGCACUCAGUUUGGAUGGAAACCCGGAUCUUUGUUUAUCAGGCCCUUGCAAGAAGAAGAAGUCUCAUAAGCAGAGAUUGAUCGUUAGCAUCGUUGUACCGACCAUAUCAUGUCUUCUUGGCAUAGUAAUCGCGGUUGCGAUUUUCAAGCACAGAAUAAAAGCCGCCUCAACGAAGGGUACUCCUUGA